AAAGCCGUUGGAAGCAUGGAAGAAGCAUUGCAGAAGGCUUUGCAUGAGGAACUUAAGCCAUAUGGACGAGGUGGUGGCGGCUGCAUCAACUCUGGCCGAGGCUACGAAGGAAAAUCUAUCGGAAAGAUUUUUGUAAAGUCGAAUAUCAAGAAAGGAGUGGGUUUUCUUGAAAAUGAAUUCACUCGAAUUGCUUUCAUUAUUGCCUUUGUGGUUACUCUGUCUGCGAACUUUUUAUAG